AUGUCCGUACGGAUGAUAGGAAGUCUAGGCGAUAAGGAGGCUGACCUAGACCUCAGGAAGAAGGAGGAGGCGGCUCGUCUAAAGCAUUUAAAUGCGGCUAGGGACGCACAGUUACUGAGAGAACAGACCUUCGAUAUCAUUACAUGUGCAUCUAAGCUGCAGGGGCUUGAUGCUGGGGAUGGCCCCAUCACAUCGAUGUACAAUGGGGCACGAGAUGGAGGUAAAGGGGGAAUGCCUGAUACCUUCCAGGACUACAAUAUAGUCUCCAAUCUCUCCCAUGGUGUUCAUCAUUGGGCCCAUCCAGAUGACCGACCGACAGGGGAAGGAGGCCGAUAUAGAAGGGAGGAACGUCUGAUACCAUCUCGGGCUGUAAAGGACUAUGAUAUAAUAAAUACGCGGUAUCUACAUGGGCAUGAUAGUAAGGCGUCGAAGGAGGCUAGGUUAUGGAAAGCUGUGGCAGCUGCUAAAUACAGAGCGAGGAACCGCUUCGACCCCGUACUCCAGCGCUAUACUGACUCACGGGAGGAUACCUGCAUGCUGCAGCAUACGAAGGCUAUGGAGGCUGAGAGGGUGGACAGGGCUUUGGCACAGCAGCCACCCUGCAUGAGGUCCCUUGGAGGGGGACGCCCCACUAACCAUUGGAACCUCGUUACGCAUGAGGUGAACAACCCAGGAGUAUUGAAGGCGAUGGAUGUGGCUGCUGAGGAGAGGAAGGAGAGGUUCAAGAACCGCUACAUUAUGGAGGGCAAUUGGCAUGUCCGUGAAAUCAAUAGAGGAAAUGUGGAGAGGAGUAGAAGGAUGAAUGUCAUCAGCCAUGAUCGGCAUGGCAGAGAAUAUUGGAGUCCCCGAGUGGCAGUCGACGAUCGGAGUGCAGUGGGACCUCCCUACCCAAGCGUUGGGAAGGGAAGAGGUCUCCAUCCACUCGAGCAGGUAAUACCGAAGCUGCCUCUACCAAAGCCAGCUGAUGAUGGUUGUGCUUCUCGCAGCGGUGUGUGA